AUGGUGCUAAAGGAUGUGGGCUAUCCAAUGAAGGUUGGGAGUGCAGUAGCUGCUGCAGCUGCUUAUCUUCAGAACACAUCUGCUAUGAUGUCAAUAUUCCAAGAAUUACUUAAUAGUUUCGAGGAAUCAAGUUCAGACUCUUUUAGUGCUGAGGUAUCAAGCUCAGAAUCUACUAGUAUUGAAAUAUCGAGUUCAGAAUCUAUUAGUAUUGUAACAUCAAGUGCAGAAUUUGAUUGUAUUGAGGUACUAAGCUCAGAAUCUCAACCUUCAAUUCCAAUAGCCAAUGAGACACGCCUUAGAACAAAACGAAAGAGGACAAAACCAAGGUCAGAAGUCUGGCAGCACUUCGACAAGUUUUAUAAUGCUGAGGGUAACUUGAAGUGCAAGUGCAAGUAUUGUAGUAGGGAGUUCUACUGUGAUUCACGGAAAAACGGCACUAGUUCACUGAAAAAUCACAUGGGCCGAUGUAAAAGAGGUCCUUACAAGGAGGAUAAAACGCAAGCACCAGUAAAUCUUCGCCCAGACUCAAUGGGCCACGAAGGUGAGAUGAUGGGCACCGCCGCUGCUUUGAGAUUUGAUCAAGAGGCUAUCAGGAAGGGUCUGGUUUGCACGAUCGCUCUUGAUUGGCCUUCUUUCAGCUAUGUAGAAAGUGAAAUAUUUAGAAAUUUUAUGUCGAUUGUGUGUCCACGUUUUGUAGUUCCCUCACGGCGGGAUGUUGAAAUGGAUUUUUAUCAACUCUAUUUGGACGAGAGAUUGAAAUUGAAGAAUUUCUUGAAAACCUCGUGCCAGAGGGUUUCUCUUACAAUAGAGAGGCGGUCCUCUUUACAAGGAGCAAAUUACAUGUGCCUCACUGCCCAUUUUAUUGACAACGACUGGAAAUUGAAUAGAAAGAUAUUAAACAUUUGUCCUAUUAGUAGUGAGAAAUAUAAGGCCAUCGGUAAAAAAGUUGCAAAGUGCCUGCUUGAUUGGGGGAUUCAUCGAGUGUUUACUAUUACUGUUGACAGUGCAAGCUCAAGUAAAGCAGUGGUUGCAUACUUGAGAAAAAGAAUUCUUAAUUCAGCAGGUACAAUUCUAGGUGGCAAAUUUCUUCACGGGAAAUGUAUUGGACAUAUAUGUAAUCUAAUUGUGGCUGGCGUAUUGAAAGAAAUGGCGGACCCAGUGGCUCGAGUUCGGGGAGCAGUGAAAUAUGUGCUGCAAUAUCCAUCCAGGUUGCAAAAAUUCGAACAAUACUGUGAGAAUGAAGGGCUACAAUAUGAUGGAUUGUUACAUCUAGAGACUGAUGCUGGAUGGGACUCUACACUUUUUAUGUUAUUUGUGGCUCAGAUAUCUAAAAGAGCCUUUAAGGUGUUUGAGGUGCAUGAUCCUCAUUAUACAAUGGAACUUGAAAGUACAGAUGGAAAAGGAACACCGACAGAUGAGGAUUGGAAAAAAGUCGAAAUGUUGUUAGAUUUUUGUGAAUUCUUCUUCAUAACGUUAGCAGGUUCCCAACCAUCAUAUGUUAGACCCUACUCUUUUUUUGAAUUUAUUUUGAUGAUUCCUGUGCAUUUCCGUAAAUGGAACGGCAAAGACAAUAUUCAGUUUAAAGGAAUGGUUGCGAGAUUGGAAGAUAAGUAUCACAAGUACUGGAAUAAAUCAUAUAAGGAGUACCUUUGUUGCACGGGAAAUAUGAACCAGUUGGUUUCUGUUGCUGCUGUUCUUGAUCCUCGGAAGAAAUUGGGGAAAGUGGAAUUGGAACUUUCUGGAUGCUUUACAACCAGGCGGCUAAGAAAAAAAGUGAGGAAGGUCACUUAUGCUUUGUACAGUGAGUAUGAGGGUAAGAAGACACCACAGAUUGGAAAAACGAGUGAUAGAAUGCAUACUUCGGGUGAAACAGAUCAUAUGCCAGAAGAAUUCAGGAUGAGAACGAAUUCUCAAUUUGAAAAUGGAGGGGGGCAGAGCAUAUCAGAAUUGGAUAGGUAUCUAGAUGAAGACGUUGAAGAGAACAGCAAGGACUUCAAUAUUUUGGGAUGGUGGAAAAUCAAUAGUCAUAGAUUUCCUCACUGA